CUUCUUUGACCUGGCUGAAGUAUUCUUUGACUUUUCUGAAAUAUUCAGCAGCGUUUCAAACCGUAGUUGCGUUGUUACUAGGCUUAAUCAUAGUGUGAUUGUGUGAGUGAACGAACAAUGAUUUAUUGACGUUACAUGUUGGUAAGAGUCGGAUACGCAUCAAAUGGCAGUUUCAACUUCCACCUUUAAGCAUCUGGCAAAGAGUUUGACCUCGUGAGAAGCAGUCUUAGGUAGGAAUUAUAACUAAAGCUGAAUCAGUCGAAACAAGAAACCAGUUCGUCGCCAUGAUUCCUAGUUCACUCAUGUUCAAAGCGUUCCUUCUUGGUGUUCUAUGCUCUCUGGGAAGUGGGAGGCAAACUCGUGCGUGCUCAGUUCCUUACAUCCAUGAAAAGAGAGGAAACGAGAAAAAGGUCAUCAACGUGAACAGCGGGAAAGAUGUGAAACUCAUUUGCAAUAUCAGAACUACUGAUCAGACAUCAAAACCAGUGUAUUACUGGCUCAAAGACAAUCAGGUGCUCAUCUUAUCAGAUCAUCACCGUAUGAGAUUAAAACCAUACAGAUACCUAAGGAUAAUAAGUGCGAAGAAAAAGGACAGCGGCAUAUACAUCUGUGGUGCGGUGAACAACUGCGGCUGGAAUACCUAUACAAUGCAGCUGUUUGUGGGAAGUGCUCCAAGAUUUACGUUGCGGCAAAUCACGAUGAGGCGCAACCUUCUUGCAGUACCCGUUGGAAACUCUGUAAAGCUGGACUGUUCUGCCGAUGGAAACCCUCGUCCUACCGUGAAAUGGUACAAAAACGGAAAACUUUUUAAGGAAAGGAUAGGUGGCUACAAACUGUAUUUGAGUCGAUGGACAACCUUGUUGCGUUUGAAGGACUUGGUUCCCUCUGACGCUGGAUCAUACAUGUGUAAUGUGAGCAACUCAUACGGGUGGAUUAGUCAUACAUACAAAGUAGACGUUCAUGAACGAGCUCGUGCUGAACCAGUUGUUCUACCCAUGGAAAAUGUCACAGUUUAUCGAGGGGAGAAUGCCAGCUUAACAUGCAAAGCAUCAAGUGAUUCCAUGCCUCAUUUCCAGUGGUUAAGGUGGUUUCCUCUGCGUUCCAACGGUUCGGCCAACAGUUCGGCAGAUGAUUCAAUUGAAACUCCUCACUACGAAAUCGUGAAUAAAGAAGACACAGACCAACAUGUAAUUUUGCCUCCAAGUGACGGCAAAAUGUUUGAUUUCCACGGAGCGAAGUUGACUUUGUUUAAUGUCACAAAGAGGGACGAAGGAAAAUACACUUGCAUUGUGGGAAAUGCUGUUGGUUACGCAGUCGAACAUACUUACAUCAUUGUCCAAAACAUGGCCCCUCCCAGUUGUGACCUCAACGGAUUAAAGUGUUCCUUUACCCCAGACGAGUUUGCAGACUUGAAUGGAACGCAUUACAAUGACAGCACAGCAAUUCGUUCUUCAGAAAAGAAGACUCGUGAUGUUCUUGUCUCUGGAACCGUCUUGGCAUGCGUGUUAGUUACUAUGGCCGCCUUAAUCAUUAUCUACUGGCGCCGUCGAUCCCGAAAUAAGAGACCCUUAUUGCCGAGAUCACCGUCAGAACUUGAAUUUGAGUACGAUGCGUUCGUUAUUUUCAGCUCUCAAGACUCGGAUUGGGUGAUUAAAACUCUAAUUCCAACUCUAGAAGAAAAACAUGAUUUUAAAUGCUGUGUACACUACAGAGAUUUCGUUAUUGGCGUACCCUUUCGUGAAAAUAUGGUCAACAGUGUUUACAACUCAAGAAAAACAAUUGCUGUCGUGUCAAAGAACUUUUUCAAUAGUAAUUAUUGUGGUUCUGAAAUGGAUUACGCCCUCCAUCGACUUGUGGAAAGGAGAGAUAAUAGUGUGGUCGUGAUCAAACUUGAUGAUGUUGACAGUAGAAAACUUCCCAGGGAGCUGCGAAAAAGGAGCUAUAUUGACUAUCCAAAGACUGUUGAAAAGGAUCACUGGGAAAGAAAACUGGUAAAUUGUUUAACGACUUCCAACGACUUGUGACAGAAAUCGAUUUUAUAAUAACGUCUCCAAGAGUUAAGUAGCUAAUCAAUUUCUUUUCAAUCAUGAUUGAAUGGAAAUUAAUUAGGUGCUACAUGCAUUUUUCACUAUUACCAUCUUGAGAAGUUGAGUUCACAUUUAUUAAUUUUGUUAACAUGCCAUCUUUCAAAAUCUUUAACACAUAUUUGUCUGUUCAUUGUUUUUCCACCCGAAAAGAUACUUAUUUUUGAAUUUCAUAAAUGUUCUUGACAGAAGUUUUGAAUUUCACUUGUUCAAGGGAAAAUUGUGACUUGCAUGUACCUCUUUCAGCAAGUUUUUUUCAAAUGUGCAAUUUUGACAGUUUCUUUAUAUAAGCAUGCAUGAUAAUCCAUUUUGAGGAAACUGUUAUUAAAGACCCAUGUACACCUAAAAUGUAGACAAAUUGCUUCUGAGUAUGAGAGUAGCAUAAAGAUUUUAUAGUUAACUGUUUCGAAGUGACGAAAUUGUGCAAAGCAGUUGGGUAAACAUACAUGGGUGUAAGCCAAGCUGUAGUUAAUAGUGUUUUACAAUGGAGAUACUGACUUUCUUUUAAAUUGUGGUAAGAAUGAUCAAAAAAUUUUCCUUUGCUUUCUCAAAGAAGUUACUGUAACACAAAUAUAUGUCAAAAUUUUAUGAAGCUAUCCGGAAUAGUUAUUUAAAAACUAUUGUAUACAAAUUUUUUUUUUAAAGAUU